CAAUACAUGGCUUCAUAUAACUUUGCUCAUCUCAUUCUCUUCUCCUUCACCCUUGCCGCCCUCUUUGCUACUCAUCAAUGUGUUGAUUAUGGAAGAUGGAGAGUGGAAAGGGAAGAUAAGAUGGAAGAAAAGUUGGGUAGGACAAGUGUUAGAAGAGGCGAAGGCGAGGGUGAGAAAUUUACUUUGUAUGAUUGCUCGAGGGGGCCAUGCGCUGGUGUCCAUGACUGUUGGUGCUGUAAGGCAAUAGGCUUCUGCUACUUGGUGAAGGAACAGUGCGAAGACGAGUGUCAUGCGCGGCCAACAACAUCAGUUCGAGCUCGUCCACCCUCUAUCACCACCUCAUAAUCUUGUUUCAAAUCAUUAUUAAAUAAAUCUAUGUACCUCCAAUUUCAUUAAUAAUGCAACCAAGGAUUUAA